AACGAUUGUUGAUCAAGAAGUUGAAAAAUUGUUCCACCAGAAUUUUAAUUGUUUUAAUUGAUUUUUCUCUGAUUGUUUUUAUUUUAUUUUAUAUUAUAAAUUUUAAUUAACUAGUGAACAAGUGAUGGACAAUCAACUAAAUAGAACAUCUGAUAAAGAAAAUAAUGGGGAUAGUAAUACUGUUGCCGUGAAAGUAGAAGCCAAUACUAGUAACUCAUCUAAAGAGAAACAGAAUAAACCACUGAGACAAUGGGUGUUAGACGAUUUCCAAGUGGGUCGACCUUUGGGUAAGGGUAAAUUUGGAAGUGUUUACCUUGCAAGGGAAAAGAAGAGUGGAUAUGUAGUUGCUCUAAAAGUUCUAUUCAAGUCUCAAUUAAUGGCUAAUAAUGUUCAACACCAGUUACGUCGUGAGAUAGAAAUUCAAUCACAUCUUCGUCAUCCUAAUAUUCUUCGGCUUUUCGGUUAUUUCCACGAUAACACAAGAAUCUACUUAAUUUUAGAAUAUGCACCACAAGGUGAACUCUACAAGAAAUUACAGAAAUUGACAAAAUUCUCAAAUGAGCUCGCUGCUCAGUACAUCUACCAAAUGAUUGAUGCUCUCAAAUAUUGUCACUCGAAAAAAGUCAUCCAUCGAGAUAUCAAACCUGAGAAUAUUUUACUUGGUUAUUUUGGUGAGCUUAAAAUUGCCGAUUUUGGUUGGUCUGUCCAUGCACCUUCCUCACGACGAGCAACCAUGUGUGGUACUCUAGAUUAUUUACCUCCCGAAAUGGUGGCCCAUGAUUCUUACAGUGACAAAGUUGAUCAUUGGUGCCUUGGUGUUCUUACAUAUGAAUUUCUGGUCGGCAAACCUCCAUUCGAGAAUGAAGAUGUAUCCAAAACAUAUAAAAACAUUUUAGCCGUCGAAUACGAAUUUCCAUCUUAUGUCCACGAAUUGGCAAGAGAUUUUAUCUCAUCAUUUUUAAAGAAAAACCCAGAACACCGGAUGUCUCUGGAUGACGCUCAUCGCCAUCAAUGGAUAACAUCAUUCCGAGGAGAAUCUAAUAACAAACAUCUUGUAUAAUUUUUUAUUCUUUCAUUAAUUUCAGUGUUUUUUUCGUCCCUCAAACCCCGAUAAUGAACAUGACCUAUCCAAAUAUACACUCACACACACACACACAUAUACACAAACACCCAUCAAGUACCAUCGCUGACCAGCAUAAUUUUCAUUUUAUAAAAUUCUAAAAUCAAAUGGUCAUCUUUUCAUACUGAAAAAAACAAAACACUAAUUGUAACUAAACUGGAAACAUAUAAACAAUUUGGUUAAAUUGUUA